AUGGCGGCAAAUAAAAUUCCUACAGAAAUAGUAAUUAAAAUUUUAAAUAAUGUUCAAUCUUCUCGGGAUUUACACUCAUCAUUAUUAGUUAACCGAAUCUGGUGUAAAGUUACUAUACCCAUACUUUGGGAAUUACCUUUUGGUCAAGAUUGUAGUGCCGAUAAUAAGCAGAAGUUGAGAAAGAAAGCAUUAUGUAUUCGAACUUAUAUAUCGUGUAUGGAUACUCAAGCUAGAACUUUACUCGCGCAAAAUGGAUUUUAUUUAUUAUCGUCACCACCUCAGGCUACUUUUGAUUAUCCAUCAUUUACUCAUAAAUUUAUAAUUAAUAAUUUAGUAUAUUUUCUUUCCAAAUAUUCAUCUAAAAAAAGUCUUAGUCGACAAAUAUUAUUUCUUGAGAUAUUCAAAUUAAUAAUGAAUCGUUGUAAAUUCGUAGAUUCUUUCAAAAUAACGAAAGUUCCCAUGAAUAAGCCUCUACGUUAUAGUGAUUUAAUUGGUUCAAUUCUCAAAUUGCCUGGUGUCUCAAAAGUAUUUAGAAAAUUAGAAAGUUUUACUUCGACAAUAAGAAGAGAUCUUGGUCUUAUUGGACUAUAUGAAUCAUUAACAUUAAUUUGUGAUAACAUUUUAAAUAUGGAUUUAUAUUUUGAUUCAUUUCCUCAAGAUCAAUUAACAAAACUUAUUAGUGUUCAAAAACGGUUAGAAAAUUUAUCAAUUGUUGUUGGAUUUUAUAGCCAAUUUCCUAACUCUUUAUUUUUUGAGGCUAUCAUUAGUCAAAAAGAAACGUUGAAAAGUCUUCGUUUAGAAUCAGUAAAUUUUUUUCAUUUCAAGGGAAAUUCGGCCUCAAUUGGACAAUUUAUUUCACUUCAAGAUCUUUACAUUAAAAAUUGUUCUGAAUUAUAUGACUCGAAAUAUUUAUUCUUGGCUUCAUCAUUUCCUCAUUUAAUUAGUUUUCGUUUUAUUUAUUCGGUUUAUUUAUACGAUGAGUAUCCACAAGAAUUUAUUGUAAAAAUUCUCGAAACGGCCAAUGAAAAUUUAAAAAAUAUUUGUCUAGAUUUAUUUACCGGAAUUGCAUUUGAUGUAUUUUCGGCAAUUUUAAUUUAUUGUACAAAGAUUACCGAAUUAUCUUUACGGAAUUUAAGUUUUGAUCAAGUAUUAGCAAUAUUUAAUAAUAAUUUUAAUGAAUUAAGGAUAUUUUCAUUUGGUUGUGGAGAAGAAGUGGAUGCUAAUGAAUUAUUAUGCCAAAUGGCCGAAAAUGUACCAGAAUCACUUGAAACCAUUGAAAUUAAAAUACGGAUAUUUAGUGCUGAUAGUUUUAGAAAAUUCAUUGAAGGGUGGUGUUGUAAAGGAGGAGGAGGAAGUAAAAAGAUUAUUGUAAGACGUACUUCGUUCUUAUUUGAAUUAAGUGAAGAACACUUUAAAGUUACUGAAGAAUAUGGAGUGGAUUUCAAAUUGAUGUAG